AUGUUCGGUGGCUCGAAGGGAACUGGUACAGGAUUUACCUUUGGGUCAGCUUCAACUACAACAAAUACGACAAUAGCAAGUAUACCGGGAACAGCGAAACCGUUGUUUUCUUUUGGUAGUGUUACGACAGCUUCUGCUACCACAACUACUACACAAUCCUCCGGAUUUUCCUUUGGCGCCACAUCGAAACCAUUGUUAUUUGGUGGAACUGCUACAAAUAUUCCUUCCACUACCGGUAUCACAACUGGAUUUAGUUUUGGAUCCACAGCUAAUAAAGGAACAGGAAGUAUUUUUGGCAGUACAUUUACUUCAUCUGCCAGUUCACCUUCAACGACUGCCGGUGGUGGAUUUAUGUUUGGUGCGAAACCGGUUGGUAGUUCUGGUAGUUUGUUUGGUUCCUUAACGACAACAGCAUCAUUAACACCAGUAACAACAGCAACAGUAGUAACAACGGCUGCUGCAAAUACAACUGCAUCAAUCUUUUCCUCAUCUCUUGGUCUUGGUGCAAAGCCGUCUUCAUUGUUCGGUAAUCUCACAUCACCAAUGUCAACCAAUGCAUCAGCCGCUACUACGAAUGCACAGCCUAGCAAUGGAGGUCUUUUAUUUGGGACUACAUCUGCAACAAUUGCUUCAAAUACUGGCUUUGGAUUUGGGCCAUCAAUUACAGCGACAACUGUUGCAAUAGCCAGUACAGCUCCAUUUUGUUUUGGUACCUCGAUUUCAAAUAGCCAAUCUUCUGGUUCUUUGUUUGGACCCACAACGUUGCAACCACCUGCUGCUGCUGCUGUUUCAUCUACUACAGCUGUUGAUGUUUCGCCGAGUAGCCUAUUUGGCCAGAAAUCAGGUUCGGGCAGUUUGUUCGGUCAGGUUACUGCUGCAUCGUCAAGCACUCUUCCAAUAACUGGAUUUCUGUUUGGUGCUUCUACCACAGCAAAAUCAACAUCUGGCUUACCUGCGGCAAUUAGCACUAUUGCAUCUACUGCUACUGCGCUGACUACUACUGCUGCCCCGGUGUUAUCUUUUGGUUUUAACACGUCGACUGCUGUAAGCGGAAAUACACCAUCUUUAUUUGGUUCUACUACAUCUUCAUUAACUGCAACAACUGCCGCACCUACUGCUGUGUUCGGGUCUCUUGCUUCCACGGCAGUUCCUCCAUUUUCCGGGCUGUUCGGGACUAAAACUACAUUAGGCACAACAUCUGCGACAAUUGCGACUUCGAUAUCUGGAUUAAAUAAUUCUUCAGUUCCAUCGUUGGCAACUACAACUAGUACCGCAAUGCUCCCUUUUGGUACUACAAUUAUUCUCCAGAUAAAUAUUUCGUGUUUAGCGCCCCCAAAUCGAUCAGCAGCAACGGCCACCUCCCUUGCUUCAGUUGCUACCGCUGCAUUUCCCUUUGGUUCCUCAGUUCUAUCACCAGCAUCGAACGCAGUGCCGUCAAAACAACCAGUAGUGAGCAUGACUUCAACCGCUCCGACAAUGUCACUAUUUGGAGUUACACCGCAGGCUGCAGGUCCUGUUACCACUGCAGCAGCUAAUGGGUUUACCUUUGGACAAUUAGCAGCAACAACAGCGACAGCAGUAGUAACACCGGCGACAAAUACUAUUUCCUUACCAAUUAUGACGUCUUUUUCACAGUCCGCCACAACUACUCCCGGUAUGUUUACGACAAGUGCGGUGACUUCAGCCGGUUCAGCAUUAUCUUCAAUACUACAUCCAUCGAAAACAACUGCAGCUACUUUACCAGCAACUACUUCUACCGUAACAGUUACAACUGUUGCUUCAGCAAUACCUUCAAGUGCUUUAGCGGGUGCUGUUCCUGCUGCUGCUGCAAUUACAUCUGAUAAACCAAUCACAUUUGCGCAACUGGAACAGCUUGUAAACCGUUUAACACUUGAUGUCGAAGCACAACAGCGCGUUUUCAUGUCCCAAGUACUGGAAUUGAAUGCAUUUGAUCGUGUUUUGCGUGAAAAUCAGCAAAAGGUUCUUGAUAUAAGCGAAGAGAUUAAACAAUUGGAAGAAGAGAAAGAUCGGUUUUUGCACACCGUCGAUUUCAUUUCUCAACAGCAAACUGAACUUGAAGUUUUAGUUGUUGAGCUAGAAAAGGCUUUAGGUCUUAGUGAUUGGACGGAAAUGGCACCAAUAGGACUGCCAGAUCCAGGUGUAGCCACUCAUGCUGACUUGCAGCGACAAGCUAUGCUGCAGUUACAGCUACAGAUUGAUGCGCAGAUAAAACAAGCAGAUGAUGACAUCAAUGACAUUAUCGAACAGGUUAAGGAACUACAAAGAACUAAUGUUGGUGUCGAUGACCAAGCUGAAACGGCAGACCAAAUUGCGCAAAUCCUUAGGCGUCAACUGGAUGCUUUGCAAUGGAUUGAUGAACAAAGCUGUGACUUAAAAAAUAAAGUAACAAAAUUAUCAGAAGGAUUAUCGACAAGAUGA